AUGCAAGAAGCAAUCAUUCUCCUGGCUCUCCUGGGUGCCAUGUCAGGGGGAGAAGCACUACACCUAAUCCUCUUACCUGCUGUAGGCAACGUGGCAGAGAAUUCUCUACCUGGGACUUCAGUGCACAAGUUUUCUGUGAAGUUAUCAGCAUCACUGUCACCUGUGAUCCCACGAUUUCCCCACAUAAUCAACUCAAAUCCCCUCACUGAAGCCUUCAGGGUGAUUCGGCUGUCAGGCACCUACUUUGAAGUUGUCACCACUGGGAAGGAACAACUAGAUUUUGAAACAGGACCAAACAUAUUUGAUUUGCAGAUUUAUGUGAAGGAUGAGGUUGGUGUCACAGACCUGCAAGUCCUGACCUUCCAGGUAACAGAUGUGAACGAGCCACCCCAGUUUCAAGGCAACUUGGCAGAAGGUCUACACCUCUACGUAGUAGAAGGAGCAAACCCUGGAUUCAUUUACCAGGUUGAGGCCUUUGAUCCAGAAGACACAAGCCAAAACAUUCCCCUUGGUUAUUUCCUGACUUCUCCCUCAAAGAGCUUCAGAAUGUCUGCUAAUGGCACCCUCUUCUCCACAACAGAACUAGACUUUGAAGCAGGACACAGCAGUUUCCAUCUCAUUGUGGAGGUGAGGGACAGUAGAGGCCUCAAAGCCUCCACAGUGCUCCAGGUGAAGCCCCUCACUUUACCAGUGUACACGAUCCUGGAGGAACUGAGUCUAGGAACCAUCGUGGCCAAUAUCACAGCGGAGAAUCCUGAUGAUGAAGGUUUUCCUAGCCACCUCCUCUACAGCAUUACCACUGUUAGCAAAUAUUUCAUGAUAAAUCAGUUGACUGGUGCAAUCCAAGUGACCCAAAUGAUAGACCGAGAUGCAGGUGAAUUGAGAAAAAAUCCCACCAUUUCCCUGGAAGUUCUAGUGAAGGACAGACCAUAUGGGGGUCAGGAGAAUCACAUCCAGAUAACCUUCAUUGUGGAAGACAUCAGCGACAAUCCUGCCACAUGCCAAAGGUUCACCUUCAGCAUUAUGGUGCCGGAAAGAACAGCCAAGGGGACGUUGCUUCUUGACCUGAACAAGUUCUGCUUUGAUGAUGACAGCGAGGCACCAAACAACAGAUUCAACUUCACCAUGCCAUCUGGAGUGGGGAGCGGCGGCAGAUUUUUACAGGAUCCAGCUGGCUCUGAGAAAAUUGUGCUGAUUGGUGAUCUAGACUAUGAAAAUUCAAGUAACCUAGCAGCUGGCAAUAAAUAUAUGGUGAUAAUCCAGGUGCAGGAUGUGGCCCCCCCUUAUUUCAUGAAUAACAUCUACAUUUAUAUCCUAACAAGCCCAGAAAAUGAGUUUCCUCUCAUUUUUGAUAGGCCAUCCUACGUAUUUGAUGUGUCAGAAAGAAGGCCGGGUAAAACCUGAGUGGGACGGGUGCAAGCCACUGAUAAAGACCUCCCCCAGCGCAGCCUCGCCUAUUCAAUCUCCACCGGAGGGACCAGCCUCCAGUACCCGAACGUAUUUUGGAUUAAUCCCAAGAUGGGAGAACUCCAGCUCGUAACUAAAGUGGACUACGAAACAGCCCCUAUCUAUAUUCCCAGAAUCCAGGCCACCAGCAACGAGGACACAAGCUCUGUAACUGUGAUUACCGUGAACAUCCUUGAAGAAAGUGAUGAAAAGCCCAUUUGUACUCCAAACUCUUAUUUCCUGGCCCUCCUAGUGGAUCUGAAAGUUGGCACAAAUAUUCAGAAUUUCAAGCUGACGUGUACUGACCUUGAUUCCAGCCCCAGAUCUUUCCAUUAUUCCACUGGCCCAGGUAACAUCAACAAUCAUUUCACCUUCUCUCCCAAUGCUGGUUCCAACGUCACACACCUGCUGCUUACAUCUCCCUUUGACUAUGCUGUUGGGCUUGAUACGAUCUGGGACUACAAGCUAAUAACUGUCUGCAUAACUGAUGACAACUUGCUCUCUGGCAGGAAGAAAGCUGAGGCUCUCGUUGAGACAGGAACAGUGACACUGAGUAUUAAAGUCAUUUCCCACCCAACCACUGUCAUCACCACAACCCCCAGGCCCAGGGUCACCUACUAGGUCCUGAGGAAAAACGUUUACUCUCCAUCCGCAUGGUACGUGCCUUUUGUCAUCACUUUGGGCUCCAUAUUGCUUCUGGGUCUCCUGGUGUCCCUGGUCAUCCUAUUGGCCAAAGGCAUCCACAGACACUGCCCCUGCAAGACUGGAAAGAACAAGGAACAUCUCACUUUGAGAGGCCAAACGAAGACUGCAAAGAGAGACGUUGUGGUGGAAACUAUCCAGAUGAAAGUCUUUGAUGGAGAAGCCAUAAAUCCAGUGACCGGGGAAAUGUAUGCAUUCAACUCAAAAAUUGGAUCCAGAAAGUGGAAAGAUCCACUAACUCAAAUGCCAAAAUGGAAAGAGCUCAGCUCCCAGGGAGCGGCCCCAUGCAGAGUUGCUGCUGGAGAAGGGAUGGGGCCACUGAGAAGUGCCAACCGGGGAAAAGAUGAGCUGAGUGGCAAAGCGUGGGCUGAGGAUGCUGGUCUGGGUUUCAGAUAUGAGGAUGGCAAGCCGGGCACCCCAAAGAACAGAAAUCCAGCCUUCAUUAACAGGGCUUCCCCCAAACCACACCCAGGAAAUUAA